AUGGGCUGCAUUAAAAGUAAAGAGAACAAAAGUCCAUCCAUUAAAUACAGACCAGAAAACACGCCAGAGCCGGUCAGUACAGGAGUCAGCCAUUAUGGAGCAGAACACACCGCGGUGGCACAAACAUCCUCCACAAAGAGCACAUCUGUCAAUUUCAGCAACAUCUCCAUGACACCAUUCGGAGGGUCCUCGGCGGUGACACCUUUUGGAGGAGCAUCUUCCUCGUUUUCAGUGGUGCCAAGUUCAUAUCCUGCUGGUUUAACGGGUGGUGUUACUAUAUUUGUGGCCUUAUAUGAUUAUGAAGCUAGAACUACAGAAGACCUUUCAUUUAAGAAGGGUGAAAGAUUUCAAAUAAUUAACAAUACGGAAGGAGACUGGUGGGAGGCGAGAUCAAUCGCUACAGGAAAGAACGGCUAUAUCCCAAGCAAUUACGUAGCCCCGGCAGAUUCCAUUCAGGCUGAAGAAUGGUAUUUUGGCAAAAUGGGGAGAAAAGAUGCUGAAAGAUUACUUCUGAAUCCUGGGAAUCAGCGAGGUAUUUUCUUAGUAAGAGAGAGUGAAACUACUAAAGGUGCUUACUCCCUCUCUAUUCGGGACUGGGAUGAGGUGAGGGGCGACAAUGUGAAGCACUACAAAAUUAGGAAACUUGACAACGGUGGAUACUACAUCACAACCAGAGCACAGUUUGAUACUCUGCAGAAACUGGUAAAACAUUACACAGAACAUGCCGAUGGUUUAUGCCAUAAGUUAACAACUGUGUGUCCAACUGUGAAACCCCAGACUCAAGGUCUAGCAAAAGAUGCUUGGGAAAUCCCACGAGAAUCUUUGCGACUAGAGGUUAAACUAGGACAAGGAUGUUUUGGUGAAGUAUGGAUGGGAACGUGGAAUGGAACCACAAAAGUAGCGAUCAAAACACUGAAGCCAGGUACAAUGAUGCCAGAAGCUUUUCUUCAAGAGGCUCAGAUAAUGAAAAAACUAAGACAUGAUAAACUUGUCCCACUAUAUGCUGUUGUUUCUGAAGAGCCAAUUUACAUCGUCACUGAGUUUAUGUCAAAAGGGAGCUUAUUAGAUUUCCUGAAGGAGGGAGAUGGAAAGUAUCUGAAGCUCCCACAGCUGGUUGACAUGGCUGCUCAGAUUGCUGACGGUAUGGCCUAUAUUGAAAGAAUGAACUAUAUUCAUCGAGAUCUUCGGGCUGCUAAUAUUCUUGUAGGAGAAAACCUUGUGUGCAAAAUAGCAGAUUUUGGCUUAGCAAGGUUAAUUGAAGACAAUGAAUAUACGGCAAGACAAGGUGCAAAAUUUCCAAUCAAGUGGACAGCUCCUGAGGCUGCAUUGUAUGGUCGAUUUACAAUCAAGUCUGAUGUAUGGUCAUUUGGAAUUCUACAGACAGAACUGGUAACAAAAGGCAGAGUGCCAUAUCCAGGUAUGGUGAACCGCGAGGUGCUGGAGCAGGUGGAGCGAGGGUACAGGAUGCCGUGCCCCCAGGGCUGCCCGGAGUCCCUCCAUGAAUUGAUGAAUCUGUGCUGGAAGAAGGACCCUGACGAGAGACCAACGUUUGAGUAUAUCCAGUCCUUCCUGGAAGACUAUUUCACUGCUACAGAGCCACAGUACCAGCCAGGAGAAAAUUUAUAA